AUGGCUUGCAACAAGAUCACCGCUGCAGCUACAUGUGUCCUAGUACUGUCGCUCGUUUUGCCAUCAGACGUACAGGGUGUAAAAUGGACGCCAUGCAACCCGUUUGUGCGCAGUCGGAUUGGCUCAUGCCGCGGCGGCGAUCGCCCGGAUUGCAAAGGUCGGUGCCUACUUGAGGGCUACUCGGGUGGAAUCUGCGACACCAAAGAUAUCUGCUAUUGCAUUCAGACUGACUGCUCUUCGGAUGGUAAACUGAAUGGUGGCCAGAGAGGGUCGCCUGUGCCGGCACCAGAGUCUAGGGGUGCAUGA